GAAGCCAGCUCUGGUUAGCCUUGUUGGACUCGGACUCCACCACAUUUCUUAGUCAGCGAGAAACUCUUAAACCUCACAACUCAGAAGCUUAGGUUUUGUCAUAUUCCUCACUCUCACGGAGAGCCCUCUUCUCAGUCCCGGCAGAACUCUCUCUCUUUCUCUCUUCUCUCUCUGUUUGUGAUAUAAGGAUUUAGGCUGCCAAUAUGAAAGCGCUUAUUCUUGUUGGAGGUUUUGGAACACGGUUGAGGCCUUUGACCCUCAGUGUUCCAAAGCCACUGGUUGAAUUUGCCAACAAACCCAUGAUACUGCAUCAGAUUGAAGCUCUCAAGGCUAUUGGAGUAACUGAAGUGGUUUUGGCCAUCAAUUACCAACCAGAGCUUAUGCUGAAUUUCUUAAAAGAAUUUGAGAAAAAGCUUGAAAUCAAGAUCACCUGCUCACAGGAGACUGAGCCUCUUGGUACAGCAGGUCCUCUAGCUCUGGCAAGGGAUAAAUUGAUAGAUGGCUCUGAUGAGCCUUUCUUUGUCCUUAACAGUGAUGUUAUAAAUGAAUACCCACUAAAAGAAAUGAUUGAAUUCCACAAAAGUCAUGGAGGGGAAGCUUCCAUUAUGGUGACCAAGGUGGAUGAGCCGUCAAAAUAUGGUGUGGUGGUUAUGGAAGAAACAACUGGGAAAGUGGAAAAAUUUGUAGAGAAACCAAAAAUAUUUGUGGGCAACAAGAUCAAUGCUGGUAUCUACUUGUUGAAUCCAUCUGUUCUUGAUCGGAUUGAAUUGCGGCCCACCUCAAUUGAAAAAGAGAUAUUUCCUAAGAUUGCAGGAGAGCAAAAGCUGUAUGCCAUGGUCUUACCUGGGUUUUGGAUGGACAUUGGACAGCCAAAGGAUUAUAUUACAGGCCUAAGACUGUACCUGGAUUCCUUAAGGAAAAAAUCCUCAGCAAAACUGGCCAGUGGAUCUCACAUCGUGGGAAAUGUUCUUGUUGAUGAGACUGCUGUAAUUGGAGAUGGAUGUCUAAUUGGACCUGAUGUAGCCAUUGGUCCAGACUGUGUAAUCGAGUCGGGGGUUCGGCUCUCACGCUGUACGGUAAUGCGCGGAGUUCGAAUCAAGAAGCACGCUUGCAUCUCCAGUAGUAUCAUUGGAUGGCAUUCCACCAUUGGGAGGUGGGCUCGAGUAGAGAACAUGACAAUCUUAGGAGAAGAUGUUCAUGUUGGUGAUGAAGUUUACAGCAACGGGGGUGUUGUCCUGCCUCACAAAGAGAUAAAAUCUAGCAUUUUGAAACCAGAGAUUGUCAUGUGACUCUUAUGGUCAGAUACGGUUCAGGUAUCUUGUGUGUUCAGUACAUUAAUUUGAUCUGAAAGUGUUAUAAAGUUUUUUUUAGUAAAAAAAAAAAAUCUUUAGCUGUAAUUGCUAACUCCUAUUUUGAACAGCACAAAGACUAUUAUGUGUUUGUACUUGCUGUAUACGUUGUCCGGGAAUAUAAGAGACUUUAAUGGCAAGGCUUUCAUGACAUAGAGAUGA